AUGGCUGAAUUCGUGGUCACAGCUUCCCAUGGUAAAGCGACGUCUCUGAAUUUGAGCUCAAAGAAGCUGAAGGAGGUUCCUCAGUGUGUUCUCUCAUUAACAAACCUGUCGGUUCUCCUGCUGAACAACAACCGUAUCACUGCUCUGCCCUCACAGCUAACAUCUCUCCAGCACCUGGCAGAGCUGAAUCUGGGGAAUAACGCCCUGAAGGAGAUUCCAGGUGUUUUGCGCCACCUGGAGUCCUUGAAGAAACUUUAUCUGUUCAGCAACCAGAUAACAGCUGUUUCACCGGAAGUGAUGGCUGCCCUACGAAAUCUUGUUGUGCUCAAUCUGAACCACAACCAAAUACAGAGACUUCCUCCAGAGAUUAAAAAUUUGAGGAAGCUUCGACAUCUCAGUGUGCUGGACAAUAACCUGGAGGAGGUCCCUGCUGAGCUGGGUCAUCUCACCAAGCUGUCUGAGAUGAACCUGACUUCCAACAAGCUGUCUCGGUUGCCUGAGCAGCUGUACCAGUGUCGAGAGCUGACCAAGCUCCACGUGGCCAGAAACCAGCUGACCAGCCUCCCAGAGGGAAUUGGGGCUCUGGAAAAACUCCAGGUUCUCGAUGUGGCUGGGAACAAGUUGUCCAUGUUCCCUGUUGAGUUUCACCUGCUGCCCCUGAAGGAGCUGCACUGUGAAGGCAACCGGUUUGUGCACUGUGAGCCAAUGCCGUCAGUGCAGGAUGCAGAAGUACUCACAUUAAAGGAACUGGUUGCAAGAUUUGUGUUGUGGGAGAACAGGAACAGGUUCUCUCUGAUCCACAGGAGGCUUCCCCACUACCCACUUCUCACUGCUCUGUUAGCCAAUGGCAGCUGUUGUGCAGUUUGCCUCCGCCCCUUUCUCACCACCUGGCUGGAGUGCGUGCAUUUCGUCAGUCUGAGGAAGGACAUGAAAAUGAGGAGUUCACUGACUAUUCCUGUCCGUGCCCUUCUCUGCUCAUACAAGUGCUUUAAUACCAAAGGACACUCCUACUAUGGCGUUGCUAUAAGUUGA